AUGGCCAUUGCUAAGAACCUUCCUAUCUUGAAGAAUCACUUCAGAAAGCACUGGCAAGAACGUGUCAGAGUUCACUUCGACCAAGCCGGUAAGAAGGUCUCUAGACGUCAUGCCAGAGCUGCCAAGGCCGCCAAGAUUGCUCCAAGACCAUUGGACUUGUUGAGACCAGUUGUCAGAGCACCAACUGUCAAAUACAACAGAAAGGUCAGAGCCGGUAGAGGUUUUACCCUAGCUGAGGUUAAGGCUGCCGGUUUGACCCCAGCUUACGCCAGAACCAUCGGUAUUGCUGUUGACCACAGACGUCAAAACAGAAACCAAGAAAUGUUCGACACUAACGUUCAAAGAUUGAAGGAAUACCUAUCUAAGAUCAUCGUUUUCCCAAGAUCUGGUAAGGCCCCAGAAGCUGAGCAAGUCUUGUCCACUGCUGCUGCCUUCCCAAUUGCUCAACCAUCUACCGAAGUUGAGGUCAAGGCCGUUGAGGACAAUGGUGAAUCUGCUUUCAGAACUUUGAGAUUGGCUAGAUCUGAGAAGAAGUACAAGGGCAUCAGAGAAAAGAGAGCCAGAGAAAAGGCCGAGGCUGAAGCUGAUAAGAAGAAAUAA